AUGCAGACGGCCCCGGACGCGAACCAGAAGGCGCCGCGCUUGAAGCAGCGCACCCUGCUUCAGCGGAAGGCGUCGUCUUUCGAGGAGCACCUCAAUGGCCUCUUCGCCCCGCUCAAGUUCCCGCCUGAGCUUGCGCGGAGGAUCAUGACGCACGGAAGCCAUCCCAGGGCGGUUGCGGGGCACAAUGCUGGGUUUACUUUUAUGGGUCGCCGCGUCCUCAAGGCGUACCUCCUUCUCUUCCUCAGCUCGAGCCCCAACCUUCGUCCCUCCCAUGACCUGGAAGCCAUCGUCGACAAGGCGCUGAACACCUACCUCCUCGGCGAACACGUCGGCAACAAGUGGGGUCUGGGGCGCAAUAUGCUUUGGCAACCGACCGUGCCACGGGAACGGAUACCAGGAGAGCCAGUCAACUUCGUCAAGACCUCUGGUCUGUACAAGGUGCAAGGGGACUGCGUCGCUGCCAUCCUCGGCGGCAUAUUCCAUCAAUUCGGAGGCUCCGUCGCGCACCGAGUGUUCCACACUCGCCUCCUACCCCGUCUACUUGACGACCCCGAUGUUCGCGUGAUCCCCGAAGCAUUCCACGAGGACGUUCGCCGCGCGCGCGAUACCCUCGGCGGCGGGAACGCACCACUCCUUUCUUCCGAUGCUCAGACUGCAAAAGUAUCGCCUAGCAUAGAGAGCAACGGUAACCUGUGA